UGAACGGGGCGAAAAGGAAAAUGCCAAAAAAGCUUUCAUUAUUUUUUUUUGUGUGUUCAAGUACAUAACAUAAUUUUGCAUUUCGAAAGCCUCAAUGCUGCUCACUCAGUUCGGUGUGUAACCCUCUCGCGAAUAGACGUUUUUUUCCCGAGUUCUCGCACCGUUUUUAAUUGAAGGCAGUUCAAAGAGGUAUACAUGAGUUAUACCAACAAAAAGGUCCUUUGCUGCUGCAUAGAGUAACGCGCUUACCGAUUUCGAUUUUUGUGUUCGUUGUUUCAAAAUCAACUCAAUAAAUCGGAACGGAACUUAACUUAACCAAAAAUUUAAGAAAAAUAGUGAAUAUCAAAAAAGUGCUAAAGUGAAAAAUUUGAUUUUGAAGAAUAGAAAAUUUUCAAGAAAGUCUCCCCCCUGCCCCUUCGAAAAAAUAAAAUAAAGUGAAGUUACACAAAAAAAAAGAAAAAGAAAUAGAAAAAAAUCUCUAUACACUACAACACCACCCUUAAAUUUUCUUUUCCAUCUCUAUCUCUCUCUUGUGCUCUCUUUUGUUCGUUCAUUUUACGUACGCUCACUCGCUCUUUCGCGGUCUCUUCCAUUCUAUAUCAGUUCUAGUUUUUUGGAGGACGAAUUUUAAUCAUCAUCUCCUUUAUUAUUGUGCUUCUGCUUCUGUAAGGAAAAAAAAGCUUCCGUACCAAACUCCAUUCAUCUCUCUUCUUAUUCAUACAUAUAUAUAUCUAUCUCUCUGUGUGCAGAAGAAGAAAUGGAAAAUUACUGAAAGAAAGUCUCCAUUUUCUAUAACUGUGUUUUCUGAGAAGAACACAGGAAGGACAAACUAAAACCAAAGUUGGCAAAAAAUAAAAAAAAAGAAAACUGAGGAAAAACUAAAAGAAUCAAGUAUUUUUAUUUCUUAUUUCGUUUUCGGAGAAAAAAGCUAAAGAAUAUAUUUAUAUAUAUGUAUGUACUAUAUAUAUAAUAAAUAGGAAGAAUAAUAAAAAGACGACUUCACACUCGAAACUGGUUCAAGGAGAGGAUGUGCCAGUGCCAUAUAUCAACAGUACCACACUACCAAACCGCCACAACCACAUCCCCAUACACAAUUUCAGGACCAGCAGCAGCACCACCACCAGUAGUAGUAUAGUAUUGUACAAUAGUGUAUAGUACUAUUACCGCACAUCGCAUCGGCAGCAAAAGUGCAACAUGAGGAAAUGAAUUUCAAACAUCCUUUUUGCAGAAUCUAUAUGUACUCGUACAGUACAUAAUAUAUCCUUGAGUAUCUAUAACAAAAUAAGCCACAAGGAGCGGCAACGGGGCAUCAGCAACAAAUUGCACACCAUACAUUUAUAUACAUCCUUAUAUCGUCCCAAAAGAAAAUAAUAAUAAUUGCAUGCGUAUAUAUGUAUGCAUAUUUCUGCAAAGUGUGUGUCGAUGUGUGUGAAGGAUAUAAAAUAAACAUAAAACAAAAUAAAAACAAAAACUGAAUUCAAAGCAAAGCAAAAAGCUAUAUCCUUAGAGUGUAUGCAUAAAAAUUAGACACAAUCAACAACAACAAAAAAAAGAUCCUUGUUCGUUUAACAUUUCGGUAUACGCGCGUUUCCGCUUAGAAAAUGACUGCUUAUUCGAACGAAUUGAAAAUAGACAAUUUGAUAAAUUUACAUCAAAAACAACACCAACAACACCAACAAGGAUGUUAUCCUUUAUCGUAUAGUGUGUAAACCAAUACAUACACAAAACAACACAAAUAAAACAAACGACAACAACAAAAAGUGUUUUCUUUUCGAAUCUUUAUUUGAUAUUAAAAUAUUAAAAAAUUUAAAAAAGUGUGCGUGUAGUUUCGUCCUUGUGGAAUAAAAAUAAAAAUUAAUAAAGAAAUAAAAUAAAGUGUGAGUGCUUAAAUCUUUAAAUACAAAAAUCUAAAAAGAAAAAAAGUAUAUCUAUCUCUUUCUCUAUACACAACUACUUGCGGUGUCCUUUUGAAUUAAAAUUUCCAUCCAUCAAGCAGCAGAUAUACAUCAGAGAGAAAAUAUAUCAAGCUAUAAAACCACCUUUUUCUUAAAAAAAAAUUAUAUAGGCGACAAAAAAUAUCAACAACAACAAAAUGGAGCAACACAAAUUGUUUGGAAUUUUAACAUUGUGCGCGGUGUUAUUUGCAAUUAAACUAAAUACAAUAUUAGUCCUUGGUGAACAGGACGAGGAUAUACCACAUAAUGAAGUUCGAAAUUGGGCGUUGAAAUUUGGUGUGGAUUUGUGGGAGUUCGGAAGGCAGUUUACAAAAAUGAACGAUAUCAAAAGUAGAUACAAGGACAACGAUAUCGAAGUUAAACGUAAAGAUGGAAUAAUUCUUUUGCGUGAACUUGCUGCUGAAGUGAAGAACUUUAUGGAUUUCAAGAAGAAUGCUGUGAUGCGCAUUAUGGACUCUGCUGAGCAAGCGGCCCUCUCCGAACUUGAAUCACAAGGUCAUAGUUCAUCAUCUGGUGCCACUCAGCAUUAUGAUGCCCGCCGAAUUAACGAAUACAACUCCGAUGGCAAACUAGCCGACGGAGCACGUCACAUGGACAUUCGUUUUAUGCGCCGAUUUGAAAGACUACCAGUUAACUUAAGUCUGAGUUCGAUUUUAGUGCCAAAUGGUGUGAAUCUUGACGAAAACGAUGUUAAGGCUUCUCUGCAAUGGAGUUCUCAUUUGGAUCCAUUAUUUCAAAAUAACCUUGAAAGAGAUCCGGCCCUGUCAUGGCAGUAUUUUGGAUCAUCAACUGGAUUUCUAAGACGAUUUCCAGGUACAGCUUGGCCACCGGAAGGUUCGAGGGGAAGUAAGCUGAUUCAUGAUUUUCGAACACAUAAUUGGUUUGUCCAAGCAGCCUCGUCACCAAAGGAUAUUAUGAUUCUUCUUGACACCUCAUCAAGAAUAUCAGAGAAAUCCUUUGAACUUGCAACUGAAACCGCUUUUAAUAUUCUUGAUACUUUGGGUGAAGACGAUUAUGUAAAUCUGAUAACUUUUACGGAAACCGUAAAAUCUCCGGUGCCUUGUUUCAAGGAUAAAAUGGUCAGAGCUACUCCAGAUAAUAUUCAAGAAAUCAAGUCCGCUGUCAAGGCUAUCAAAUUGGAAGAUACAGCUAACUUUACUGCAGGCCUAGAAUAUGCCUUCAGCUUGCUUCACAAGUACAACCAAUCAGGCGAAGGUAGUCAAUGUAACCAAGCCAUCAUGCUCAUCACCAGAGGCACCACAGAGAGCCAUAAAGAAACCAUCAAACAAUAUAACUGGCCUCAUAUGCCCGUCCGCAUCUUUACCUAUCUUAUUGGUGAUGAGUCCAGCUUCCGAAGCAAUCUCCACGAAAUGGCCUGUUCAAACAAAGGAUUCUUCGCCCAAAUUAACUCCAUCGAAGAAGCUCGUGAAAAGGUUAUAGAUUAUGCCCUGGUUAUGGCCCGUCCUAUGAUUAUGUAUCAAGCUGAUCAUCCAGUGCAUUGGAGUCCUGUUUUUAUGGGUGGUAAAUCGGGAGGACUUGGACGAGAUAGUGAAUUCCAGAGACGUCUUGUGACGACAGUUUCAACUCCGGUCUUCGAUAGACGAAACCAUUCGGUAAGAGUGGCGAAUUUGUUAGGAGUCGUGGGGACAGAUGUGCCCAUCGAAGAAAUUCGAAAGAUGAUACCACAACAUAAGUUGGGACCGAAUGGUUAUUCGUUUAUCGUGGAUAACAACGGAAGGGUGCUGUACCAUCCAGAUUUGAGGCCCAUUGGUGAUGCAAAUCAUUAUAUUGAUCAUUUGAAGCCAAAAUACACAUCGGUUGAUAUAACGGAGUUGGAGCUGCCGGAAACUGAAAUGGGCAAUGAGCAUGAAAUUGUCGAGAUGAAUAAGAAUUUGCUUUAUGAUAUGCGAAGUGACAUGGUCAUGCCCAAGGAAGGUGAAACAGAGUUUACCAUCCUAAACCAUUUCGAUGGUAUGAAGAGAGUAUCCUCGAGGACUCAAAGAUAUUUCUAUGGUCCUAUCGAAGAUACUCCUUUCACACUGGCUGUUGUACUCCCAGAGAAAUAUGGCAGCCAUGAGUUAGUCUCCCAACAAGAGAUAAGACAUUCACGAAAAAAUGUGACAGAAUAUUUUAAGGGAGACAACUGGCGUGUCCAUCCCGACUGGGUAUACUGCGAGUAUAAUAGUGUCAGUGAUUUAGAAAAGGAACGUGAAAGUUCAGGUGAAAUGACUUCAUCACGUGAACAAGAACCUAGCUUUUCUACACCCGAAGAACAGGUGUUGCAUUUUUUGGCACGUGCUGGUAGGCCUGGUUGGAAAUGGAUGUCCGUUCGUCCAAAAUCUCCUCAACCACAUCACAGUUUGCACGGCGCAACACCUGUUAGCGGCCAUUUUGGUCAGCACUUGAAUGGACAAGGUUCUCGUAAAGCUGAACCAUAUUUUUGCGAUCGAACCUUGAUUCAAAGUUUAGUUAGAGAUGCUAUGGUUACAGAUGGCUUGGAAAGAAAUUCAACAACACCAUCGAAUGGCAAAGAAGACAAACAGCAAGGCUUCCAAAAAUUCGGAGUUGCAACAUCGUUUGUGGCUACUCGAUCGGGACUAUUUCGAUGGAUUGAUCAUAUAAAACGUCCUGAGGACUCACCUGAACCUCACUUUAGCGAAGAUAAUUCCCGUGCCAUGGACAUGUCAUGGUAUAAGCGAGCCAUUGAUCAACAUACAGUCGAGCAGGAUAGUUUUGUGUAUAGUGUACCAUUUGAUUCAGGACAUUCAGGCAAAAUGAACAUGACUCUGGUAACAGCUACCCAUGCUGUUUUUGUCGAACAUCGAGGUCAUAAGGCUCCAGCAGCAGUGGUUGGCUUACAAUUCCAACAUGAAUCCUUGUCAAAACAUUUUAUCAACAUUACAUCUGCGUGCACGGGAGUGACAGGAUGUAAGAGAACUUGUGCAUCAGAUAACCUAGACUGCUAUGUCCUUGACAACAACGGGUUCGUGAUAAUUUCUGAAGAAAACGAACACACAGGCAAAUUCUUUGGUCAAAUCGAUGGAACUAUCAUGGAUUCCUUGGUUCAGGAUCGAAUCUAUAAACGAGUUACAAUUAACGACUAUCAAGGAAUUUGUUCCGAUGCCGAUAAUCCUUAUACAGCAGCAGGCGGAAUCGCCCGACCACAUCGUAUAGCUUCAUGUCUGAUGAACUAUGUAGUAUCUUUGAGUACAGCUUGGUUGACACUCCUACCAAAUCCGAUUCGAGCUUGGCCACAAGAUGAUUAUUCUUACAAGGACGAAGGUUUCGAAGAACCCACUUACACCGAUGAAUAUGAACCAUUUGAUGAUGAUUACUCGCCAGUUGAUGAGGAAAUGGAUGAAUUAUUUACUACUCCUGAUGUUGAACAAGCAACACCACCACCAAAACAACACAAACCCCACACUGGGCCAAGAGCAUCACCAGAUGCCCAACAUGCAAGGAGAUGUGAUUUAAAAACUGACCUAUUUGUCCUUCAACCUGAGAAACUUAAUCAAAAUGGACAAAAUAAUCCUUUAAAGGGUAAAUUAACAAAUUGUCAUGUGUCAGGAUGUGAACGUCCAUUUAGCAUUCAAAAAAUUCCACAUAGUAAUUUGAUACUUUUGGUUGUGGAUACUUUAUGUCCGUGUGGCUCAAAACAACUUAAUAUUGAACCUUUAGAGGAAGGUGGUGUUAUUGGAGCCUGUAGCACACGACGCCAAACACAAGAAACACAAAAACGUCGACGACCUAAAAAAUGCAUAAACUACCAUCCGGAAGAAAUUGAAAUUCAACAAUGUGGUCGAAGUGCUGUGCUCUAUAUCACACCUUCGUCCAUUAUUAUCUCACAUUUAAUGAUUCUCUUGAUGACCUAUAUUCUAACACAUGCGUGAUAUUAAAGUGUUUUCAUAAUAAUUUAAAUUUAUUAACAAAAUCCAAAACAAAAAAAUGCAUAAACUUAGUUAAAUUUAAGACUAACUCAAUUUUUAUUAAAUUAUAUUAUUUAAAUGCAUAAUUAUUUUAUUUAGUAAUUAAUUUAUUGAGUUUAAAUAAUAUUAAAAAAAAAAAAGAAGAAAAAUAUAAACAAUGAGAAAUAAAAAGUAUUACUUACAAUUCUCAUUGAAAUGUACCUACGAAUUUCAUAGAAACAUACAAACAAAACAAAAGAGAUUAGUUAAAAAUAUUUAUUUAAGUUUAAUGUUUUAUUUUUUUUAUUUAGUAUAAACAUUUAUAAAUAAAUGUAUUUGAAUUUGUUUUAUGUAUAAUAUUAAGUGCUAUAUAGAUUAAUAAUAUUUAAUUAAGUAAUACAAAAAAGUAAUAUAAAACAAAUUGUUAAGUUAAUAGACAAUAAUUACGAUUAAUUUCUUUAAAACUUAAAUAAAUUAAGUAAUUAAAAUUAACUAAUUUUUCAAAACAAAAAUUAUUUCAAUUUUAAUACAAAAGAAAUACCUGCAUGUUAGUUAAUUUAUUUUCUAUAAUUUUAAUUUAAUUUUAUCAAAUACUCAUAAAUUCAAAAAUUCAAAAAACAAGAAACAAGAAACAUUGAAAAUGUGUGUGAUUGUUAUUGAAAUAAAAUUAAAAAAAGGUUAAACGGAAGAAAUAAAAAACUUACAAGUGUGUAUUAAGAAUUAAUUAUGAUGUGUAAAUAUAUUUAUAGAUAUAUUAAAACAAAAAUACUAUUUAAUUUUUGUUUUCGUUAAGUAUUUAUUUUAAUUUUAGUUGAACCAAAAAAUUAAAAGAAAAUUAUAGGUCUAAGAACUAAAUUUAUUUAGAAAAUUUAAAAAAAAACAAAUAUGAAUAUAUAUUAUAUAAAUUGCAUUUUGAAAAUGUUUUUUAUACUUAUAAACGGGUAAGGAUUUUAAUAAGAACAAAAAAGUAAAAACUAAAAAAACUUAAAAAAGAAAGAAAAACAAUAUUAUUAUGUACUAAACUAAAUUUUAUUAAUGCUAAACUUUAAAUUUAUAACAAAAACAAAAAUAUAAGAAAAUUCAAUUUUUUGUGUAGGCAUAUUUGCACUCUUUGUGUCAUGUUAUUAAAUGUUCAUAUUUUAUAAAUAUCUUAUUUUUAGUAUAAGUUUUCUAAUUUUUCUAGCUAAUUAUUUUGUUGAAAAUGUCAUUUUAAGGAAUGUUUUUUUAUUGUCGAUGAGGAUUUUUCGUGAGGUUUUAAAAUGCAUAAUUAAUGUCAUUAAAGUGUGUGCUUAGCUCGUCCAGAGCUUUGAAUACAUUUGAAUAGUAAGAAUUAGGAACACAUUUCGCUAUAAUUUGGCCAGUUUUAAGGUAAAUUGUAGGAUUUUGCAAGUGGUUUAAAGCUAUGUGGUUUGUUUCAUGUUAAUGUUUCUACUAGUAGCCCGUAACGUUCAUGUCUAGGAUUCUCUUAUCCAUUAUUCUUCGAGGAAAUCUCAAUAUUUGAUGAAUUAGCCCGUAACGUUCUUUCUAGGAUUCUCUUAUCCAUCAUUCUUCGAGGAAAUCUCAAUAUUUGAUGAAUUUAUAAACUAAAAGUUUUGAUUGUUUGCUUUGCAUACGAUUAAGUUUGAAAUUAUGUUCAGUAUUUAUGAAGCCAUUUGUAAACAGUUUCUUAUGAUCAACUUAAAUCGAGCAUAAUACAUUUAAAAUUCAAUAAUUUUUUUUAAAGAGAUUUACCAAACUUUGAGUUACAUUUUUCAAAUAUUCGCAUUUCAAUUCAAACGAAAGCUUAACUUAAAGUCAAUAUUUAUUGGGAAGGUUGAGAUAACAUAAAAGAACUUGAAAGCAAGUAUCUAGUAACAUGAUUUUGCUAACUGACAAAAAAUUACCUUCCAAUAAAGACAACUUUACUGGAAAUUAACUCAAGAAAAGUCUCCCUAACUAUCAAUUUUUCGUUCAACUGAAAGCUGAACUUUUUUACUCCCUAUUUCUGCGCCAGGUGUAAAAAGGAUUAAUGUCAAAUUGGAAAUCGAUUUAGAUUGUUGUAAAGUUAAGUUCUGAGUUGGAACAUUAUGGCACUCGGAAAAGUAACUAGUUGCCUUGGUCAAAAUUUAAGUUCAAAGAAUGCACUUGACUGCAAAUGAAUUCCCUUAUGAUUUUUAAAUCUGCCCAAUGUUACCAAUCGGCAUUUGACAACUUUGAACUACCAACACUAAAACCAGUGAUAGAAUUGUUAAUCGGCACUUUCGGAAGAGGUAAGGUACUUCAAGUUUCUAGUAUCUGUUUGGCUAACUGACAAAAAUUGCCUUCCUUCCAACUUAAGACAACGACGGUUCAGACGACAUAAGGGACUUGAAAUUAAGGCAAGUUUCUAGCCAAAAUAUUGCCUUCCAAUUUAGGAAACUUUAAUGGAAAGUUGACUGGAAAGUUAGUCAAGAAAAAUCUCCCAUGAUCAAAUGUCAAAAUGACAUUGGAUAAUGUUUUUUCAUUCAACUGAAAACUGAACUUAAUUACUCUAUGGUUUAAUUAUUUUCCGCAUAACUUCAUUUAAUAUUUUCUGUAAAAGAGUUAGUUAAUAUUUCUUUACAAUGAAAAAUACAAAUCGUUAUGGACUUGUAGCUUGCCUGAGAUUUUUUUGUAGACAAUAAUAUUUUUGGUAGUUUUUGUACACUGAACUUAAAGUAGUAGUAUUUUCUUCACAAUAACAUUUAAUGUUUUGUGUAAAAGAGAAUAUUGUCAAAUUUUAAAAGGAAUAUGUAAUAUUUUUAAACCAUGCAAAAUAUAACUCAUGGUAGACUUAUACCUUGCUUUUUGCACGAUCAACUAGAGGUUGAGGUCAGUGAAGUAAAGUUCCAAGGCUCAAAUUAAUGACUUUUGAUAAAUUAACUAUGUAGUUACUUUGGUUGAAUUAAGCGUUUAAGGAAUGCAAUUGACUGCAAAAGAAAUCCAUUAGCUUUCUGAAUCUGCCCAUUCUCUAGCUUUUUAUGGCAGCUUGUCAGAAACAAUAAUGGGCAGAUUCAGACAAUAUAAGGGACUUAAUUUGCAGUCAUCUGAAUUCUUUGAACCCAAAUUUUGAACAAGGCAACUACAUAUGUAGUUACUUUUUCAAGUGUCAUACAUUUCAAACUCAGUACUUUACUUCACUAACGUCUACCUUCAGUUCAUCGUACAAAAACUACCAAAAACAAUAUUGUCUACAAUACACUCCUCAGCCAAGCUACACGUCAAUCAACAUUAUUUGUACUUUGUAUUGUUAAAAUGUAUUACUUGGUCAGAAAAUAAAAAAUCAUAGAGAAAUAAAAUUCAACUUUCAGUAGAAUAAAAAAAACCUGGUUUACUGUCAUUUUGACAUAAGCUGACUUGACUUGCUAGUUAGGGAGAUUUUUUCUUGACUAAAAGUCCAGUUAAUUUUCCAAUAAAGUUGCCUUAAUUGGAAGGUAAUUUUUUGGCAGCCAGCCAAUCAGAUACCGGAAUCUUGUUUUAGUUUCAAGACCCUUUUGCCGCCUGAACCUGCCCAAGGUCUUAAAAUCCAAGAAUUGACGUAUACAUACAUACAUAUGAAUACGAUCUUAAUUUUGUUCUUGUGUUAAGUCUUUCUUUUGUAUUAUUUAGAACCAAGGUGUUUCAUUUACUUGAGUCUAUGAUAGUAAAUAAGCUAUGUUUAAAUUUUUGAGACAUUUAGAAAUGCAUCACUCCAAAACUUGUUUAACUGUGUUUUGGGUUAAGACUAGAGUCAAAUUCUAAAUAAAAUUUGACAUUUGUCAAAUGAAAUUAUAUUUGUUAUGAUUUCUAUGUUUUAAGAUUAGAAUGUAGUUAUGAAGUUCUUGAUUGGUUAUCGGGAAAGAUAAUUGUCACUUCAAUUGUGUUAGACGUCAAAUCUCAAUUCCAAGCCAAUUCCUUUUGAUUUCUUCUAUUUUGAAAACCUUUACAGAACAUAAGAUGAGUGUUAAAAUUUACUAUAUUUCAAUAUUAUUAUUAUACUUUAUUGAACAAUAAUAUAAUUACAAAAUUCAAUAAAUAUUUAUCAGAGCAUUAGUUACCAGGGCUUUCAGCUCGUUUGGACAAAACUUAAGUAAAAUAUGUAUAUUAAGUCUUGUAAUAAUUUCGUUCACAAAUUUAAUAUUACUUGGUAAAAUUUAGGUUCAAAAUUCUUUGAGAGAUUUGUUUGCUAUGGAUAAAGGUGUUGAGUUGAUAUGCGGACAUUAAAGGAUAUGGGAAAUGUUCAAAGUUGGGCUCUGGUCGCAGAAGUUACAAAGAGGUGCUGGUUCUUUGGUGAUCAGGUGUUUUUGGGUGGCAUUUGUAUGACCAAUUCGAAGACGUAUGUAUUUUGUUACCAAACUUCUGGGAAGUUCUACAGGGAAAAUCGCCCUCGCAGAAUCAGCAUUGAUUGUUUAAUAGUGGUGAGAGUAUUCCAGCCAAUUAUACUUAUUACUUUUUCUCGCGGAAUUUGUUAAAUAGUUUAACGUGUCCUUUUUGUUAAAUUGUAUAAAAGAGAUAAGAGGCUGUCUGAGAGCGAGUUUGGCUUCUGCGUCGGCAAUCUCAUUACCAACUAUCCCUACAUGCCCAGGGAUCCAUGCUAGCUUGAUGGUAUUUUCUUUUAUCCCGGAUGUCAACUACUAUAUCACAGGAGUUGUUUAUAUUUUAGAUUGCUUCUAAAGAUGAAAAGUACUACAAUUUGAAAAGAUGUUAGGUACUGAUCGACAAUUUAAUGCACGCUUUAUCGACAUUAAAAAAACAUUACUUAACUAUCAAUUAUACUUUUAAACCAAUCUAUAUGUUUUAAUUUUAGUGUCAAAUUUAGAUUUUUAAGCGCACAAAUUUAAUUAAAAACAAAACGAAAUCUAUUAUUUAAUUUAAAAAAUAUAUUAAAAAGAGAUAUAAACAAAUACACACACUCAGCAAAAAAAGACUUACCUAAAAGAAAAACUGAACGUCAUAUCAAAAACAACCGAUAUUAUUUAAAGAAAAACCAAAACAAAAAACAAAUAAAACCUAAGUUUAACAAUAAAGAAAAA